AGGUUUAUUUAGCUAGUGAAGAAGUAGUGUUGAUGUGGUUUUGAAUACGUUAGCGCGAGCGUCGGGUUUAUUUUUAAGGAAGGUUUCUACAGAAUAAGUGUUAAUAAUACAUUAAUAACAGGAUUAAUCCUGUACCUGCGGUAAGAGAGAGUCAGUAAGUGGUCCUGAACGCGCUUCAUGUUGGAGAUGGAGGAGUUUAUAGAGCAUUAUAAACACUACACCGCAGUGGAGCAGGCGUGGCUGUGUGAGGUGUACACAGGGGUGUGUGAUUGGCUGCACCCGGUUGUGGGUGUGUCUCUGGGUGUGUUGGAGGAGCAGCUGGCGCAUGCUGUGGUGCUGAGACUUCAGAGGACUCAUCACUCUCUCCCCAUCAGCUACAGGUUCGUAUCAGUAGCACAGCUGAUCAGCACCCAGCACACAUCCUGCUUCAGCAGCCUCACCUGGAGCACCAGUCAGCACAGAGAAUGGAGCAGGGAGGCGGAGCAACACCUGCCCAGUCACAAGGCCCUCUCACGCACUAACCUGAUCUUGAUUGGCCUGCUGUGUGACGGGCGUGUCUCAGCUCAGUGUGACGGCUCUUGGAGAGUGAGAGAUGCCAGUGGUAGUGUGCACUGUGAGGUUCUGAGCUCGUCACCGCUCUGGCUCGGGAGGCUGAUGCUCUUCCCCACCUGGAACUACAUUUCCUACAAUGCACCAGGGCCAGGACAGCAAUCUGAAGGCUGCUUAGAGCUGAUUGACUCGCCUGUCUGUGUGACCCCUGACCUCACGGCGUUUGACCCCGGAGGGUCACUGAGUGAUGUCAUUGGGGUCAAGAAGGCAGCCAGACUGCUGAGACAGAAGAGCAGUAGAGGAGUGUAUAUGUGUGUGUAUGGAGAGGUGUGUGUGAUCUGCCCCCUGAUGGUCAUUUCUGGAAAAACCUUCUUCUGCCUGGUCCUCAGUGAGGGAGACUCCACCAUCCCUGUACUGGUCACGGUCCCAGAGUGUGUGUACUGGAGACAGUGUGUGUCUGUAGGACAGAGUGUGUGUAUUUCAGCGCUGCGUGUGUGUUCUGUUCGAGGGUGGGCGGGGCAACGAGUGCUGUCUGUCACCGCAGAGUCACGCCUACAUCCAAACUCCAGAAUAGGCGGAGAGUCUGAGGUCACGGACACACACUCGGAUUCACACUCGGAAUCACACACACAGUCACAGUCACACACACACACGGACACACACCUGCAGCAGGAGUAUGAGGAGGCCCAGGUGCAUGAUGGUCCGGUGCGAACAAAACUCUCCAAAAUCAUCAGCUACAGGGGCCGCAUCACUGGAGUCCGGGACGUGGAGGCGGGGCUUUAUGAGAUUGAUGGGAAGAUGUUGCUGUGUCUGGCGUAUCAGCCAGUGAGGAAGUGGGGCGGCGGCUUAAGACCGGGGGCGGAGAUUGAGCUUCACAACGUCCACUUCCUGUUCCGCCCGUCUCCGAACGCACCUGACAUCGUGCUGUGUGCAUGUUUACGCUCCACUGUCUCCGUGACAACCUUCAGUCCGCUGAGGUCAAAGGUCACUCUGCAGAGGUCAGACGGCCCUCUGGUGCGUUUCCUGUUGGAGAAGAACCUCAGCCUGUCGGAGUACCUGUGGCUCUGCUACUGCCACACUGCACUCACUGACAGGUUGUGUCCACGCUGGGUGUGUGAAGCUCGAGUGUGUGUGGUGGCAGGAAGGAUACUGCAGGUCAUUUUAGGAGACAAAGACAUGAAGAAAAACAAGAGAGACAUUUAUAAAGAAAUGCUGCAGGACACACACACCUGUCCCCUCACUCAGGUAACACACACACACUCCUGUCCCCUCACUCAGGUAACACACACACACUCCUGUCCCCUCACUCAGGUAACACACACACACUCCUGUCCCCUCACUCAGGUAACACACUACCGUGUGUCUAGUUCCAGUAUGUCCCUGUACUCUAUAAAGCAGCUGUGUGAUUGGUUAGAGAAGGAGAGUUGGGCAUGUCUCUCUCUGUCGCUGCUCCUUCCGUCUUCAGCAUGUCACAUGACCCGAGCUCAGCUGAACCCGCCUCUGUCAUGGUCAGCGCACACACACACUCUGGCGAACACAUACAUAGUGUUGGUGGGCGUGUUGGAGCUGAAUGUGGGUGGAACCACAGUGAGGCUGGUGGACCAGACCGGAGCCAUUGACUGUGUGUGUGUGCAGAGUUCAACCUCAGAGCAGUGUGGGUCCAUCGAUACGGCAUGGAUGGCGGGCCCAUCCCAAACCAGCAGGAGGAGGGAGACCGAGGGGACGAGUGUAGAAUCCUGCGUGUCACUGCUGUUUCAUGUGCACUCCAAACAGGGCGUGGCUUUUCGAAAUGUCCAGUCGACCAAUGAGGCACAUGCGCUUAUUCUGAGCUUUGUCGUCAAGGCAACACGUCUCGGAGACGUACAGGUUUGGGACAGAGACCCGAAGAACCGCAGCGUGGAGGAGAGAGAGAUGAAGGGAGCCGAGAUCACCAUGGAGCUGCAGUUUGUGGACUCUGCUGUUCGUUGGUUUCCUCUACUGCAGCCAGGAACAGUGUACAGACUCAUUGCUCUACACACACAGGAUGUGGACGUGUUGUCCUGUAGCUUUGUUUCUGUGAGGGGUGGAGUUUCUCUCCUCAGUAACCCUGCCCUCCUCAUACAGUCCAAGUGGCGCAUACACACACUCACACCACCACUGCUUCUGUCACAGCCAGAGAUUCAGAGGGUGAUGAGUGUCUCUGAAGUUCUCCAUGCCAGCUCGGCUGAUGUCGUAUCCUUUUAUGGAGUGAUCUCUGAGCGAAUCACACUGCAGGGGGAGACGAGUAAAACCCCCUCUGUCAAAUCACUGAUCUGCACUAAAGAAGGUGUGAUGGAGACAGGUCUGCGUGUGCGUCUCACUCUGCUGGAUGUUGAAUCUCCACAUCACCCACUGCAGGUGUACCUGGAUUUGACCCACAAUGCCUACACACCUGGACUCAUCACCGGGACAACCGUUCACCUGUACCAUUUCCAGCGCAGAGUGUCUGUUGUUUGUAAUGUGUACUGUUGUUCUCUGCCCAUCAGCUGUGUGAUAGUCUCAGGUUUGGGGUCAGUUAAGCCCCACCCUCCCCCUCCCACAAUGCAUCUGGGCGAGUGGGCUUCAGUUCGGGCAGAGCACAGCAUCAUGGGUCAGGUCAGAGGUCACAUGGUGUGUGUUCUGUCUCUGAGGCUGCAGUGGACAUGUUCUCUCUGUGAGAGUAUCUUCAAACAGGCUGCCUGCAGUCGACUCUGCCCACCAUGUGACUCAACCAGUGCCGUGUUUCAGGCCGAGGCCAAAGUGGCAGUAGAAGACGGUACAGGUGAGGCUCAGGUGUGGUUUCCUACAGAAACUCUGGCUAACCUACUGCUACUAGGCGAGUCAGAGUGGGAGGGGCUUCAGCGGCUUGUCAGGGUCAAAGGUCAUGUGAGAAUGUACGCUCGUGGGCGGAGCAUGGUGUGUGAUGUGGACCCUGAAGAUCCGCUGGUGCAGUAUCUGUGCUGUGUGUGUUCCAGCCGCGCAGUGUGUCGCCACAUCACACUCACCUGUAAACUGCGCUCUCACAAACCAGAGAAAGCCCAGUUGAGGAAAGUUAGCAGAGGAGACAGAGAGUUCCUCACCAAGUUUCCCAAACCACUUCAACUACAAUGCACACACAUACACACUCUCACAUAGACACACUCUCACACACACACACUCACACACACACACUCUCAAACACACACUCUCAGAUAGACACACAAACACACACAUCCACACUCUCACAUAGACACCCACACACUCUCAUAUAGACACACACACACAUUUAGGCAUACACAACCUCGCACACAUUCAGUGACACUCCACACAGCGACACACACACAGACUGAAAAUAUAUACACAGUGUGUAUGUGUGUGUGUAAUUGUGACUGUCUGAACAUAUGUUAAUGGUAUAAUUUAAUAAAUCUAUUUUGAAAUG